UUUGUACCAGAAAGUUCCUGCUUAAACUAUAAAUUAUACAAUGGGGUUUAUGUGGUCUCUUGAUUUAUCACUUCAACUUCUGUUCCUUUAUUCUCUCUUCUCUCUCACAGUUACUAACUGUGUUCCUUUCAUUCAGCCAAUGCCCUGUCAUGAAGAUGAUAGCCAUGCCUUGUUGCAGUUUAAGGAAGGCUUUGUCAUUAGUAAGCUUGCUUCUGAAAAUCCUUUAAGUUAUCCUAAAGUGGCAUCUUGGAAUGCUAGCACUGAUUGUUGUUCAUCAUGGGAUGGCAUUCAAUGUGAUGAGCACACAGGUCAUGUGAUUGGCAUUGAUCUCAGCAGUAGCCAGCUCUAUGGCUAUUUGGACUCCAAUAGCAGUCUUUUCAAUCUCGCACAGCUUCAAAUUCUGGAUCUUGCUGAUAAUGACUUCAAUUACUCUCAAAUCCCAUCCAGGAUAGGUGAGUUUUCAAAGCUUACACAUUUGAAUCUUUCCUUAACUAGCUUUUCUGGUGAAGUCCCCCAAGAAGUUUCACAUUUGUCAAAGCUACUGUCUCUUGAUCUACGCUGCUACAUGGGAUUUUAUUCUGAAGAUCAAAUCAAUCUUUUGCAAAUAAAAAAUUCCACUCUGAGAAGCUUAAUUCAAAACUCAACAAGUCUUGAAACACUCCGUCUUAAUUUUGUCACCAUUGCAUCUCCUGUUCCUGAUGUACUCACAAAUCUCACAUCUUUGCAAUAUCUCUCUCUAUUCCAUUGUGAAUUGUAUGGUGAGUUUCCGGAUGAAAUAUUUCAUCUUCCAAAUUUGAGAAUAAUUGACCUGGGUAACAACCAAAACCUCAGAGGUAAAUUUCCUGAUUUUCACUCUGGCGCACUCAUUAGCGCUUUACGACUUGCUGGCACAAGUUUCUACGGUACGCUACCUGCAUCCAUUGGAAAGCUUAGUUCUCUAAAACGGCUAUCAAUUUCUAAUUGCCAAUUUUCUGGGUCUAUUCCUUCUUCACUUGGCAAUCUCACACAACUCACAUAUUUGGACCUUGGUUUCAAUGAAUUUACUACAAAGACCAUCUCAUGGAUUUGCAAGCUGUCUCAAAUAAAUUAUUUGGGUCUUGGCUUCAUAAAUAUAGGCAGCGACAUCCCUUCAUGUUUUGUGAAUCUCACCCAGCUAUCUCAAUUAUAUCUAGCCCAUACCAAUCUAACUGGUGCAGUUCCAUCUUGGAUAAUGAACCUUACCAAUUUUGCUAACUUGAGGCUUGAUGGAAAUAAUCUUAGAGGUGAAAUCCCAACCUCUAUAUUCAAGCUAGAGAACCUGGAAUUUCUGGAUCUGGGCAGUAACUUGUUGCAGGGGAAGUUAGAGCUUGACAAGUUUCUGAAUCUACACAACCUAUAUUUUCUCAGUUUAUCUGACAACCAACUUUCAUUAAUUGCUGGAAAUAAAUCUUUCAAUGCAACCCUUUCUCCAAUUGAAUAUUUAGGUCUGGCUGCAUGUAAUUUGGUUGAGUUCCCAAUUUUUUUCGGAGCCUUGGGUCAGUUGACAUAUCUUUAUAUGCCACGCAACAGUGUCAAUUCAAUCCCGAGUUGGAUGUGGAGAAAAAUAAGUCUUGAGGGAUUAAUUAUUUCUGACAAUUCAUUGACGGGAAAAAUAUCUCCAUUGAUAUGCAACUUGAAAUAUCUAGUGAACCUUGAUUUAUCGUUUAAUAAAUUAAGUGGCACAAUCCCCUCAUGUCUUGGAAGUUUUAGCCAAUCUCUACAAAGCUUGGAGCUACAAGAAAACCACUUGUCUGGCCUCAUUCCUCAAACAUAUAUGACAGGAAGUGCCCUGAAAAUGAUUGAUUUAAGUUAUAACAAUAUGCGUGGUCAGCUGCCAAGGGCAUUACUCAACUGUACAAUGCUAGAGUAUCUUAGUGUUGGCUAUAACAAGAUCAAUGAUUCAUUUCCAUUUUGGUUGGGAGCUCUUCCUGGGUUGAAAGUCAUUGCUUUAUCUAAUAAUCAAUUGCAUGGACCAAUUGGUUGCCCCAAAGCAUGCUCAUUUUCAAAACUCCAUAUCAUUGAUCUUUCUCACAAUAAGCUAUCUGGAAGUUUACCUUCACAAAUGAUCCUGAAUUGGGAAUCCAUGAAAGCUUCAAACAUGAGUCAGUUACAAUAUGAGCAAAACUGGGCCUUCCAACAUUUUGGAAAUGAAAAUUGGUAUACAAAUUACAGUUAUUCAUAUACAAUGGUGAACAAAGGAGUGGCCAGGAAUUAUCUGAAUCUCCAAAAAAAUUACAACCUCAUAGGAAUUGAUCUUUCCAGCAACAGAAUCUCUAGGGAGAUUCCUGAUGUCGUAGGAGACUUAAAGGGCCUUGUCUUGCUCAACCUGUCCAAUAACAUGUUUACCGGCAACAUUCCAUCUUCAUUAGGGAAGCUUUCAAACCUUGAAGUAUUGGACCUUUCUCUCAACAGUUUAUCAGGGACGAUCCCUCAACAAUUAACAGAACUCACCUUUCUAGAGUUCAUUAAUGUGUCCUUUAACAAUCUCUCAGGUCGCAUACCAGAAAAUAAACAGUUCUCAACAUUCCAAGACAAUUCAUUCGAGGGAAACCAAGGAUUGUGUGGGACUCAAUUGUUGAAGAAAUGUGAGAAUCAUGUUGCUCCUCCUUCUGCCUCUAAUGGUGAGGAAGAUUCAGGAUCUCUUUUUGAAUUUGACUGGAAAAUAGUUCUGAUUGGGUAUGGGGGUGGACUUGUUGCUGGAGUUGCAUUGGGGAGCAGUUACGCUCCACAGGUACUCAGAUGGCUUAAAAAGUUCUUUUGAGUUGGAAACAGGAAACCUCUACUUGCAUUGUAAACAUGUUUUCAUAUUUUCUAUGAAACAUGCAUUGCAAGGAAGAGAUCAGCAUUUGAAAUCUUAUUGGAAUCAUCAUUGAAAACAUGAUUUCCAAAAUAAGCUAGUAUUGGGCUUGUACUUUCUCUGUUUGCUUUGGGCUUGUAUUUCCGGCCUAUAUAGAAAUUAGGGCUUUAUUUUGUAUUUUCUUUGGGCUUGUAUUCCGGCCGAAUAAGGUUUGGGGUUUUAGACUUGUAUUAUGGUCCAAUUAGAGGGUUUAUCGCAUAUUAGGCCAAGUUAUGCUUUUGGAACCCAGUCCAUUCACUCAUGGCUGAAAUAAUCAUUUGCUCCACAUUUAAGGAGCCCUUCUCAGUAAUUUGGUGAUAUAUGAAUAAUGUUUAAAAUAUCA